AUGCGCGCGACUUCUUUGCUCUCGCUGCUCAGACGAGGACGAGGAACGACAGGGGGACGACCGUUAGUACCGUUUUUAAUAAAACGUGCGAAUAACGCUGCCUUCUUCUUUCGUGGUGAUGAUGAUACUACCGAUAAAGUGAACGCGAGGAAGACGAUCGAUUUUCGAUCCAAUUUCUCCUCCUCGAGCGGGAUGCGUUUUGCGGCGAAGAAUGACAACGAGAACGACGACGAGAAUCCUAUGAAUACUCCUAAGAAUACUACCGCCAUCAAAGAAAACGCAGCCGACGAGGAAGCUUUACCGUCGCCUUUACAGCGCGCACCGAUGAAGAAGAACCAGUUAAACGAGCAAACGUCUUCUUCUUCUUCUGUUUUAUCGGAUCAACUCGGGAAUCUGAAACUCCACCCAUCGGUGACUCGAGAAGGGAAAGAAAAAUCCGAGGAAAUAUUCUACGCUUUGAAGAAGAACGCGAAAGGGUCGACGAAAAGGUUCCAAGCGUUUCUGAAAAUUUUAAGAGGCGGGAUAACCGUGGAAGAGGCGUUGAUUCAGUGCAAAUUGUCGCCGAAGAAGAAAGUGGCGAACGAGUUGUACCAGAUUAUUAAUUCGGCAAAGUUUAACGCGAUAGUCGGUCUCGGGAGAGAACCGGAGGACGGGUACGUGGACGCGAAUUGCGUGAUUUCGAAAGCGACGGCGACGAAAGGACAGUAUUUGAAAAGGAUGUACGUGAAAGCGAAAGGGCAGGCUGGGACUAUGCACCGAGCGAGAACACAUAUUCGAGUGGAAGUGAAAGAACAGGAGGCGGGGAAGAGGAUGCGGGUGUUUGACCCAAACGAUGAGGAAAGGGCGAAGGUUGGACAGGAAGGGAAGAACGCGCCGCCGUUUGAACCGCCGUGGAUCACGCGGAGGAAAUUGGGCGAGAAGCGGUACAGGAUGGCAAAAGAAGGCGGGAUCCUUUAG